UGUAAAAUAUUUACAGGAAAUCUACACACCACUCAGUGCGUCACACAAAGCACUGGGUGCCGUGUCCAUAGAAUAAGAAGUUAUGUUCUGAUCAAUCCUGUACGUUAUAUUCGAAAUAAUAAUCGAUUGUACAUGUAUAUGAGUGUUGGUUGAAGAUGGCUGCCACCAACAUGUCGAACGACAGGUUUAAAAUUCAGUUCGCCUCUGUUAUGGAGAGUGUAUUGAAGACUGCAGUCACCGAGACAACGAAACUUUUCGAAACAACUAUUGCGGAUCUGCGAGCCAAAAUAUCCAGAAUAAAAGAAGAGAACGAGGACCUCAAAUCGAGUCUUCGAUCCCAUGAAAUAACGAAGAGAUGGACCGGUGAAAGUGAACGCCAAACCGCAGAGCCCAGACCGAGUCAAAGUACAACACUUAUCGGAAAAUGUGACAUCGGCGUUCAAUGCGGUAAAGUUUGGGCGGUGGACCAGCACCUGCGGGAUGAGAACCAGGGGACGGAGCUGCACUGUGGAGCGUAUGACGAGGAGGGCAACCCACAGAUGGCCUUUGUUCUGAUCAAACAGGAGGUGGAUUGGGAGGCGGACUAUUCUGAUGACUACUCCCCCGGGUACAUACUGCUGAAGAAGGAGGGGGGAGAUCCCCCGACUCUGGUCCGCAGACAACCUCUCAGAGAGUUACCAGGCAGAGCCCUGGUCCCUCCUGGAGCCGUCAGGGCCCUGGUCAACCGUUACACCCAGGAAAGGCCUCCCACCACCCAGUCUACGUCAGCAGAGCCCCCCCUCCAGGGAGAUCCAGACACCCAGGAGGUCCCCCAGGCUCUCAGCCCAUCCCAGCCCAGAACCAGAGAGGUUACCAGUGGCAGUGCAGGCCAGGACCCUGGAGCAGAACAGCAGUCACUGGUAAUACCAGCAGCAGAGGCUCCAUCAACAUUACACCAGACAGCAUCUCCUCAAUCAGCAGUCACUAUCCAGUCUACAUCAACUGUCCUGUCUGCUGUAAUGGCCCAGUCCACGGUAACUAGUCUGUCAAAAGAAACUGUCCAAACGACCACAGCGGUCCAGUCGACCGUAGCGGUGAAAUCGACAGCAGCAUUGUCAGAGCGCCCGCCACCUGUCCUCUCCGGGUUACCCAGAACCCCUCUUCAGGAUACACAGCCCAGCCCCGUACCCCCUCGUCCUCCUCGAUCAUCACCAUCACAGUCUCACACAGACGUUCUACCUGUAGCUCGUCCAAUAGCAGUGCCCUCAAUACAACCAGCUAGGCCUACAGCUGUACCUGAUGGACCACCGGCCACACCGCCAACACAACCAGCUAGGCCUACAGCUGUACCUGAUGGACCACCGGCCGCACCACCAACACAACCGCAGUUUUGGAGCAGUUGGGUGUUGCCACGGAAACAUCGCUAACACCACCGGUCCAGUC